AUGUGUAUCGUCACUCUGUCAAAGGUGACUCCCAAGGUUCCCUACCUAGAAACCUGUUCAACCAUCAAGAGGGUCAUGCAACGAUGCGGUAUUCCGGGCAUGAGUGUCGCCGUCCUCCACAAGAACCAAUUGGUUUUUGCAGAAGCUUUUGGUAAACGCAACCAGACCGAUCCCUACACCAUCGAAACUUUGCAACCAAUCGCGUCGUUGACAAAGACAUUCACGGCGGCGGCGAUCGGCGAACUGGUCGCAGAGGGGAAAGUAGACUGGAACACGACACCCAUCAGCACUUAUCUGCCUGAUUUCCAGCUCAAAGACCCCGUCCUCACGUCUCAGAUUACCUUUAGCGACUUGCUCUCCGAGCUCUCAGGCCUGCCAGACAACUAUCUCAGAUGGCACAACAGCACCAAACCACGGAAAGAGCUCAUCAGGGACCUUCGCCAUGACAAAACCACACAAAAACUCGGCGCCAAUUUCAAAUCAAACGAUGUCAUGUACGCCGUCGCCGGUGAAGCCGCCGCCCAUGUCGCAGGAGCAGCCUCUUAUGAACAACUCGUCCUGGACAAAGUCAUCCACCCACUCGGACUCGCCAAUACAGGAUUCUCACAGUCCAAUAUGAAGCGGCUUUCUCAGAACUAUGCACUCUCGCAUAUGGCCUACUCGCUCGAUGGCGCUCAGAAGGGCGAGACUAGGAUUUUUCCCUUGGAUGAGAAGCCGUACAUGGCUCUGGCUGCUGCGGAGGAUGUGUACUCUAACGUGCUGGAUCUAGUCCGGUGGGGGAAGGUGAUCAUGGAUCUGGGUGCCGUGGAUGGAAAGCAGGUUUUGAACAGGAUGAGUGUUGAGGAGACGUUGAAGGCCUUUACAUUCGACUGGAGUGAUAAACCCAAUUAUUGGGCAGAGUUUGAUCCCAUUUAUUCUUAUGGAUUCGGGUGGAUGCUAGACUCUUUCUGUGGCCAACGGUAUUUCAAUGCAAGAUAUGCUUCAGACGUGACAUUCUUCCCCGACCACGACCUAGUCGUCGUUAUGUUAGCCAACACCAGCGUAUUCGGCCACGUCAACUCCUUCCUCCAAUUCUCGAUCGCAACUCCCAUGUUGAACAUCUCUGGCGUCAAGACCAUCAAGGACGAGAAUGGCCACGAUAGUUGGAUCGAGAAGGGAGCUAUCCCAAUAGCGGAGGAAGGGUAUGCUGGAAUAGAAUUCAUUGGAGGCGGGGUAUUUUUGCCUAUUGCCGUCGCUGAUAGGAAUCCUCUUAUGUUUGCGGACGAUUUGAAGGCGUAUGUUGGGGUGUAUAGCGAUCCUUUCUGGGGAGAGUUUCAUAUCACCCUUGGUGAUAAGGAGGAGGAGGAGGAAAAGAAAAAGGAGGGCAAGGAUCCAUCAUCAACAAUUAUCACGAAAGCAGAGGAGGAAAAAAAGAAGGAGCGCGAAGUCCUGAGAUUCCGGUACAACGAGUACACGAGCACUUUGGAGCACUAUGAUCAAAACACGUUCAUUGCAACGUUCGAUGACGUGCUGUUCAAGAUGCAGGUCCUGAUGUCGUUCCUGCCGGACACGGAGACAUCACAACAAGGAUUGCCAGACUCGAACGAGUUUCCGAGGGAGAACUUGAAGAUCCAAGACGUCGUCGGUGCCUUAGGGAUCUCAGACGCCGUCUUUUCCAAGACCAAGGUUUUGACAACCACCCUGCAUGGGGUACGUUUGAGAUCACCCCCCGACGAGCCUGACAAGAAGGAAUCGAAGGAGGCGAAGGAGCAAAUACUAAAGUUCAAGUACACCGACUUCACGAGCACAUUGGAGCAUUACGACCAGAACAUGUGCAUCGUGAAGUACGACGACGUGAUGGUCAAGAUGCACAUUGUGAUAUUGUUCCUGCCCGAUGUCGAGAUUGCCCGGUUAAGUGGGAUCUCGAAUGCCAUCUUUACAAAGAUCAAAGUCUACUCAAAAACCAUCUCAGCUUAG